ACUUGUCAAACGUCAUGUCUGUCACUGAGAUCAUCAUAGUUAUUUUAGCGUAGAUUUUCGGAUUUUUGUAAGCAAAAAUAUUCAUAAAAGAUGGCUUAUUUAACUCAGCCAGAUUACGUGAAGUAUAUUUGUUCAUGUGGACAACUAAAACCUAUUACAAGUCUUUAUUUCUGCCGCCAUUGUUUGAAAAUACGCUGCGGUUUCUGCAUUUGUCAUGAGGUGGACUCCCACUACUGUGCAAACUGCUUGGAGAACAUGCCGUCCUCCGAAGCCCGGCUGAAGAAGAACCGGUGCAGCAGCUGCUUUGACUGCCCCAGCUGCUUCCACACCCUCUCCACCAGGGCCACCAUGGCCCAGCCUCGGCAGGUGCUGCAGGAUCCCGCGGCUGCUGGUGAUGCCAAGGUGGAGAGCAAACAACCCAAGAAGAUGUAUUACUUGUCUUGCUUUAACUGUCGGUGGACUUCCAGGGAUGUUGGGAUUCCUGAUCAGCCUGUUGCGUCAGGAGGUUGGCCGGAGCGCACGAACCCGUACGCGGCGCGCGUCAACCAACUGCUCGACUAUUACAAGGCGAUAGCAUUACAAGAGAAACAAGAGAAGAUCGAGCGAGAGCGCAAGAAGUUUAAUAUCAGGGGGAAAUAUAUCACGCUCACUGACAAGACAGGUCUGACCGGCGCGAUGGCUCGCAACAGCGGGCUGCCGUCCAGCGAGAGCUCGUCCUCAGCCAUCGCCAGCUUCGUGCCCAGCGUCGCCACCGAGGAGGUCGAGGAGCUGCCGGAGGAUAUAUACACCAAGGAGGUCAAUCUGAAUCAGAUAACGAGCAUGGCCCAGCGCCUGGCUUCGCCUGAAUGGCAGCCAGUCUCCGUGUCCCGCCUGCACCCGCUCGCCAAGCUGCUGAGCGUGAAGCGCAGCCAGCGCUGCCGCGCCUGCGACCACAACCUCACCAAGCCCGAGUAACCCGGCUCCAUCAAGUUCAAGAUCGAGCUGCUGGCCUACUACCAUGUCCCAGAAGUGAAAAUAAUAUCCCACGAGCCGGUGAAACCUGGUGAGAAGUCGGCCUUACUCCUCAAGCUGACCAACCCGACGGGACACGAGAUGCAACUGACCCUGCUGCAGCCUGAGGACAUCCCCCCGCCGGAGGAGAGGGAGGAACCCAAGAGCAUUGAGAAGUCGCUGGAGAAGUCACUUAAUUUGGAGAAGGACACAUCAUCGUUCAAAUCCAUCACCCGCGUGCCGGAGUACACGGCGACGAGCCGCAUCACGUCGCCCGACGCGACGUUCACGCUCGCGCAGAGAGACGACGCCGCAGAGUACGACGAUGAUGCUCAACAUGAUACUAACGACAUAAUAAUGUGGCGCAAAUCCAACAAGCUAGCGCUCCGGCUCGAGGUGACCACCUCCGACGCGGAGGGCGGAGCCCCGGCCGCCGUGGCGCUGCGCUACUCCUACCGCAACACCGUGCCGCCCGCCGCCGCGCAACACACGCCCAGGGACCAUACGCUCUAUACCACUGUAUUACUAGAUUUGGGCACUGUUAGCUCGAAUUAGGAAGGUUAAAUAUCUUGUCAUAUGUCUUAAGCGGCCCCCAGACCAUAUAUAAUAUUGUGCAAUAUAACUUAAACAAAAAUAUUGUGCAAUUAAAAUAUUUGUCGCAAAAAGUCAACACAGUCAAUACGCAAUAUUGCGUUAUUUAAUUGCCUAUCUAGGGAGUAUACUUUGUACUGUAAAGUAUCUUGUAAUGUCGGCUACUGUCUUUAGUUUUAUCUAAACUGUCGUUAUGUAAUACAGUGUUCAGUUGAAAGGUACAUGCGGAAGCAAAACUGCACUGUAGCAGGCCCAACCUUCGCUGACAGAGAUAUAUUUUGUUUUGUAUAUAAACAAAUCCAUAUAUGUUUACUCGACUUCAAGAACAACUGCUUGAAAUGUAUUUUGUGGGCAGUAUACUAUAUUCGGAGAGACGAAAGCCACUAACCGCCGCCGUGCGCGCUAUCGUGUGAAUAGUCUAGUGUCCUACACGUGGUAGACACUUGGUUUUUAACUGAAUUAUAAGUAUUAAAACUUAUUGAUGUAUCUAAAGACUAUCUCUGGAUUUUGUCCUAAGUUGACAGUAUAAUUUUUCUUUCAAAUCGCAUAUUAUUAAUUAGAUACCGAAUUAUUUGAGUAGCCAUUUAAAAAGUCUGGUUGUUUCACAAGUGGCCAUACUAUCUAAUUCUGAGCUCAACCGAGGUCACCAGAAAACAUACAAAAUUAUUACAAUCAAAAAGCCGAAUUAAAAGAAUUUUCGAGAUCUUAAAAAACGUAGUUCAUCAAACAUUGAUAAUGAUGACCCCAAAUGUUAGCAAACUUAAUAUUUAAAGUCAAAACUACCACUUUAUCAGUGUGGUAUAUUAUGAAUUUGUUAUUGCCUAAAUAUUUUUUUUAUUUCGCCUAGCCCUGCUUUUAUUAACACCUAAAUAUAUGAGUAACCUUCCUGCUAAGCUUUUUGUGGAAGAAACAGCUAAUUAUGGCUUCCAAUUUUAAACGUCACUUUAAUAAAAUUAAGCCAUAUAAUAUGUACUAACGUUUAUGAGGACAUGACUUACUAAGAAUAACUAGGUUUUGACAAUAUGAUAAUCAGCACUUAUAGAUAACAGGCUAGGCUAGAAAUUGUUAAUAAAUAUACCUAUUACUGGUAAUAUCGAAUAUUUAACUUAAUCCAUGUAGCAAGCAGCUAGAAACACAAUAUGUGCCUAAAAUAUGCUAGAUGAAGUUAUUUAUGAAAUUCCAUGUGUUCUGAGAUUUUAGUUAGUUAUUUAUUUUUUUUAUAUGUAAAUUAAGGUAUUAUUUUUAAAUACAUAAGUUCUCACUACUUAAUAAUUUAAGCAUAUAACCAUUAGCUUAUAAAAGUUUGCACAUUUUAUACACGCUGCUGCAAGUUUAACUUGGUUGUAUUAUGUUUAGCUGAAAUAAAAUAUUUUGAACAAGAAAA